AUGGCGUUGCAAUAUGCACUGCUUCCCGAGUAUGAUAAAAAAGCGGGGAGGCAUUUGAUUAGCAAACAUCGCGUUUCAGUCAAUUUGGAUGCUCAACAACAGUGUGACUGCUUUGAGAACACGACAGCAAGAAGGUUAGUGAAUUCAACGGGACCAAAUGAAAAUGCCCCUCUCAUGGCACAUGGGCGCAGCGCAUGUGCUGCUGAUGCAUGCUUAGGGGCUUGA